GGCGGGCCUGCGGGUUGGUGAGUACCCGCCGCAGGCUGGCGAUCUGGACCCCCUGGAGGGACCCAGCGCGUUCGAGAGCUGCCCUCUCCAGGCCAUGGACCCUGAGGUGUCCCUGCUGCUUAUCUGUCCCCCGGGGGGUCUGCCAGAGGAGCAGGUGCGGGUGGAGCUGAGCCCCGCCCAUGACCGGCGCCCGCUGCCAGGAGGGGACGAGGCCAUCUCUGCUAUCUGGGAGAGCCGACUCCAGACCCAGCCCUGGCUCUUCGACGCCCCCAAGUUCCGCCUGCACUCCACCGUCCUGGAGUCCACUGGCUCAGCGGGGCCGCUGUUGCUCCUGCGCCUGGGCCUGACUUCCUACCGAGACUUCCUGGGCACCAACUGGUCCAACUCAGCUGCGUGCCUGCAGCAGCAGGGCGUCGCCGACUGGGGUGACAAGCAGGCCUACCUGGCUGACCCCCUCGGGGUGGGCGCUGCCCUGGUCACCGCUGACGGUUUCCUUGUCUUCCUGCACCGCUCUCGGCAGGUGGCUGAGGCCCCUGGACUGCUGGAUGUGCCCGGGGGACACCCUGAGCCCCAGGCCCUCUGUCCUGGCGACAGCCCCUCACACAAGGACUUCCCCAGGGAGCUGGUGGUGCAUGAACUCUUCUCUAGCAUCCUCCAGGAGAUCUGUGAUGAGGUGAACGUGCCACUACUCACCCUGAGCCAGCCGCUGCUACUGGGCAUUGCCCGCAACCAGACCAGUGCCGGCCGUGCCAGUGCUGAAUUCUUUGUUCAGUGCAGCCUGACUUCUGAGCAGGUGAGGAAGUACUACCUGAGUGGGGGCCCUGAGGCCCAUGAAUCCACGGGGAUCAUCUUUGUCGAGACCCAGAGAGUACAGAGGUUGCAAGAGACCGAAAUGUGGGCUGAGCUCUGCCCCUCCGCCAAAGGCGCCAUCUUCCUCUACAACCUGGUCCAGGGCAGUUCCACAUGAGUGCCCUGGGAUGCCCCCGACCUAUCACCGUGACUCAGAAGGCAAUAAAGGACUUUAUUCUUGGA